CAAACGAGAGCUGUAAUGGUUAAAUGGGGCGGUUUACUAAUCUGAUGUUUAUUUAAGGAGUGUUGAUGAUGUCAAUGGAUUUAAUUGUUAUUUGAUCACUCAAUGGAUGUGUGGUUAGCAAAAUGGAGUACUGCAAACGGGUAUAAAACAUGUGAUUAUGAAGGGUAUCACCAAUUCGUACAGCAACUAUGCGGCUCAUUAACAUAAUAACUUUAGUUUUUCUACUAAUAAUCGCACCGCUUAUGGAAAGUGGCAAGUCUACAGCUAGUUUGCCACAACGGCGCAACGAAUCAAAAGAGUACACAUUUAAAAUAUUAAAAUAUAUCAGCAAAGAAACGCCAUACAAACGCACCCAACUGCACUACUUCAAAACGAUUUUACGUCGCAACCAGCCGACGCUGCUGAACAUGUCGCUGACCAUACCAGAAGUGCUGAACUAUAUAUGGGUGAGAAUUAAGCUGCACUACAAGUUUAACGCCUACCAGCCAUUUCUGAUCGAUAUGGAGCAGGAAGCUUGCGAAUAUAUAAGGAACCGUCCAAUCAUUCCACAGACGGAUUAUAUAUAUGAAACGUUCGUAAAACGUUUACCAGCCAUUGCCGGACCAUGUCCGCAUGGGGUAGGUAUUUGCAGUGGAUGAUACAUGCAAUAUACAGAAUGGUAUAUAUUAAUUCGAAUUUCCUCACUCUUCAG